GGAGGAAGCCGCCAUUGACAGCAACGGGAGUAUCUUCUUCACUCUCAGCGAUAUCAGUAGUGAAAUAUGGCAUCUCUCGAAACGAGUCAAAGAAUAAGCAGGCAAGCUCCGCAACUAGUUACGGUAUUGAAGGAGAUGAAAGCAGGAUUGGAUACAGUGAGCUUAAAAGUACAAGCUUUAACUGCAAAGGUGAAAGCAGAUCACUUUCCAACAGCAGAUGGAAUAAGUUACCUUGAAACGAAGCAUCUGCUACUUCUGAAUUAUUGUCAAUCACUUGUCUAUUAUUUGCUCCGCAAGGCAAAAGGACUCUCAAUUGAAGGGCAUCCAGUAGUUCGGAGUCUGGUGGAGAUGAGAUUGUUUUUGGAGAAGAUUCGCCCCAUUGACAAGAAACUACAGUAUCAAAUUCAGAAGCUCACAAGAGAUAGCGACACAGCUUCUGAGAAGUCAGUUAUAAGUGAGAAGGGAACAGAUACUCAGAAGGAGGACCUAUUGAAGUAUCGUCCAAAACCUGAUAUGCUUGUUCACAAAACAAGUAACACUGCAGAGGAUGGUGCUAAUGUAUAUCGACCCCCCAAAUUUGCACCUACUUCUAUGGGCGAGGAGAAGAUGUCAAAGCAGGAGAGAAAUGAAUUGAGGAGGGAAAAAGAGAGAUUGCGAAAUGCUAAACAAAGCCCGUAUAUGAUAGAUUUGUUGAAUGAUCUUGAAGGAAGACCCGAAGAGGUAAGAGAAGUUGUUGGAUCUGAAAGUAGAGAACUUACAAACUACAUGGCUAAAAUGAAAGAACGUGCAAAAAGAGAAGAAGAGGCGUUUGAUCGUGCCCCACUUACAAAAUUGGAGAAAAGAAUGAAACAUCUGAAGAAGUCAAGAAAUGGGUUGCUUGGGCUGACAGAUAGUUUUUAUGAUGAGAUAAAAAAUUUGCCUUUAGGGGAACCUGUUUCUGAACAAUCAGAAAACUUUGAGAAUGGUGGCACUGGAAUCAAACAACAGAAGAAGCGUAAGAGGAGGAAUUGAUAUGACUGCUGGUGUGUGUACAGCAAUUGAGAGGCUUUAAGGUUGGAAUGGUUAGAGGUUCCUUGGUCUCAUGUAGCAUGUCUAACUUAUCUCAAAAAAACAUGUACAACUUUGUCAUGAUAUUAAUUUUUGGGGCUUUUAUCGCUCUAAAAUUUUGCACCGUAUUCAUUAUUGUUGUCAACAGUGAUGACUGAAGCCUAGAUGGAUCAUUGAAAGGGUAACCAGCUCUUUUUGGACUGUUUGAGCAUAUAUUUUCAGUGGCGAGCACCAAUUUUGGGCUUCAACUGUGGUGUAAGCUGUUAAUGAUGUGGAAAACUCAGUUUAGUGAUAGAUGUCAUGUCAUGAAUUUCUUUCUUUUACAGAAGUGAGACUUAGCUCCAUUACAAUGAGAUUCAAUAUCUUAGUUCUGUGCAUUA